UCACAGCACUAAUCUAGUUUAUUUCAAGUUUUAUUAAGAUUUCGAGGCUUCUUUCAACACCGGGUUGCUUACGGCUAUUAUAGGCGACGUCGGCAAAUGGAUUGACCAUUUUCUAUCCUAUUUUCAAUCUUUGUCCUUUAAAUCUAUCUCUGUCGAUUGAUUGAUGAUUUAGGAAUUUAAUUGAUUUUCCUUUAGAUCAUCUCUGUCGAUUGAUUCUUGUCCAUGAUUUAGGAAUUUAAUUGAUAAGGAAUUGAUUUUCAUGGCUUCGUUUAAUUAACCUUGUUGUUAAAUUGCGUUAAUUGUUUGCAUAACUAUCAACUUUACCAAAUUUCUGUAGUUGUGCGAUCGUUAAUUGAGUUUCUCUACUUUUCUUUAAUUAUAAUAGCCUGUUCAAUAUCUAAUUUCCUUAUUUUCUGUUACUAAUUCCCUUAGUUGUUCGAACUUAAUUGAUUUGUUUUAUUCUCCCUAGUUUUGAUCUGUAUUCCAUCUAGCUGACCUAUGAAGUUCGGUAAAUUCUGCAAAGGUCAAUUAAAAUCUUUAUCAAGUCUAAUGCAUUCUUGCCUAAUUCCAGAUACUAUUUGUUACAACCGGAAAAAAAGGAAACUUCUGAGAAAACCGGGGAUUCAAGGUGUUUUCCCGUUAGCUGUUACUCGGUCUGGGCACAACAUCCUUUCAAAAUUUAUCUACAAUUGGAAAAAAAGAAAACCCCAUGGAAGAAUCCCCGGUAAAUUUCAUAAUUUUGUCCAAAAGAGAGACAAGAAAGAGCACUACAGAGGGCAAAUUCCGCUGUGGGACUGGCUAUUUCUGACUAUGCAGGUAACACUGAUGAAGGAAGUGGUAUACAUGCAAACUGUUUUACCAGAGAAGAACUUGAAAGAACUGGAGCCAAAGAAGCUUUCCAAUUGGCGACAAAAUGUAUAGGACAAAAUAUUAUCUUUCAAAGCGAUUCUUAACCGAUCCUCAUGUUGCUAAUGGAAAUGUAUGCUAAGGCUAGGGAAAAGAGAUAUACUAUCAGUGAAGAUUACAAUAUAGAUCCAAGAACUUGCAUAAAUUUUAAAGUGAAAGGUUUUAUUUUAAGAAGUAGAUACCAUAUAAUUGAGGCAGCGCAUUUAUCUAAUUUCUGUAACCGUCAUGGACUCACGGAGUCUUAGUCAGGAGAAAACUUUAGAACCCUAAUGAAAAAUUUACAAUUCCAAUUUUGGAAUUAUCAAUGUAACCGAUAUCCCAAUCCUGAUUUACACCAGGUUUCUCAUAGGGAUAAUAUUUCAAUAAAUGAAUGAGGAUCGGAUCCUUCUUUUCGA